AGUCAGUUGAUGCCGACCGGAGCCUCAGCACUCAGAGCAAGCAGCGCUCAGACCCGUACACACAGAGAGGAGCGCAGUGCACAGGUUUCACCUCCUCUUCCUCCGGAUGAACUCCUCUCCAUCAUGGAUUCUCUUCGUGCUCGUGCUAUGCUCUCCGCCGGAUAAACUUUGGACUUACACUCGUAUCAUGGGAAUAUACUGUCUGUGCGCUCGGCCCCGUGGACCUAUACAGUCUUGAUGGAAACCAUGUCACCGCAGCAGGGGACCAUGGGACAGAACAGGUCCGACUCUCUGACGGUAGAGAGCAAGGCGCUUCCCGACAACAAAAAGAAGAUGAAGACCCUGGCCCAGAGACGACAGUCAGCUCCCUCGCUGGUCAUCAGUAAAGCACUUACCAGAUCGAGAAGCACAUCCAGGGAAAGCUGCCUGACGCCAGUCAGCCCAGAGUCGUGUCCCCUGGUCCAGGCCUUCCUGGCUGAGUGUCCAGGUCGCCUAUUCCUGGGUCACACCCAAACGCAGCUGAAGACGGGCCUGCAGACCCAGGAGAGACACCUCUUUCUCUUCACCGACACACUGCUCGUCGCCAAGGCCAAGUCUUCCACUCAUUUCAAGGUGAAGGCCCAAGUCCGAGUGUGUGAGAUGUGGACGGCCAGCUGCAUGGAGGAGGUGUGUGAGGGAAGCACCAACCCAGAGAAGUGCUUCGUCAUGGGCUGGCCCACCUGCAACUGUGUGGCCACCUUCAGCUCUGAGGAGCACAAGGACAAGUGGUUGGCUCUCAUCAAAAGUCGGAUAAUUGAGGGAAAAGAGAAAGAUGACCCCAAGACCAUUCCUCUGAAGAUAUUUGCAAAGGAUAUUGGAAAUUGUGCAUAUGCCAAGACACUUGCGGUCAGCAACACUGACAGCACCACUGAUGUCAUCCGCAUGGCUCUGCUGCAGUUUGGCAUAUCAGGCUGCGUUAAAGACCACGGGUUGUGGGUGAGCUCCAGUAAGGACGACCCUCCGUACCCUCUCAUCGGCCACGAGUUUCCCUUCAGCAUUAAGAUGAGCCACAUUCGGGAUGGUGGGAGCAGUGGUGGAGGACUGGGAGGAGGAGCAGGCAGGGAUCCAACAAGUCCCACAGACUGUCCAGGGGUGCUGCUGCUGGACCAGUGUCUCCCCCCAGAUACCCAGUGCCAGUUUAUCCUCAAACCCAGCAAGAUUGCCCCAGGACACGCUCCGCUUAUAGAGCCUGGUCAGCAGAAGUCUUUUAAGAGAAAGAGGUCUCUGAUCAACUGGCCUUUCUGGAGAGGCUCCAACACACAGCUGGACGGCCUGCCCCUGUCCCCGACCUUGCUCUCCCCCACUCAGGGACGGCUGUUCGGACGACCCCUGAGCUCCGUCUGCUCUCCAGACCAUGGCCUGCCCAAACCUGUCAUGGACAUGUUGGUGUUCCUGUACCUGGAGGGGCCGUACACAAGGGGCAUCUUCAGGCGGUCAGCUGGUGCCAAAGCCUGCCGGGAGCUUCGGGACAGACUGGACAGCGGUACUGAGGACCCGGAGAUCACACACCAGUCUGUGUUCGUCAUUGCUGCUGUCCUCAAGGACUUCCUGCGAAAUAUCCCGGGCAGCAUGCUGCAUGUGGAUCUGUAUGACCAGUGGAUGGAUGUGAUGGAAGGGGAGGGAGGGGAGGAGAGGACGCAAGCUGUCCAGAGGUUGCUCCACCUCCUUCCCAGUGAGAACCUGCUUCUCCUGCGCCAUGUGAUCGCCGUGCUGCACUGUAUCCAAGGCAACGCCCAUGACAACCAGAUGAACGCCUUCAACCUGUCCGUCUGCAUCGCUCCCAGCAUGCUUUGGGCUCCAACACCAAGCACCCCCGAGAUGGAGGGGGAGGGCACCAAAAAGGUGUGUGAGCUCGUUCGAUUCCUCAUAGAGAACUGCAGCAGCGUCCUGGGAGAAGACGUCAGCUCGCUGUUCAGAAGCUUCAGCCAGAAGAGCAGCAGUGACCACGGAUCAGAUGUGUCAUCCUUCCAGAUGAACGACUCAUCCUAUGACAGUCUGGAGAAUGAGCUCAACGACGACCCUGAGUCUCCUUACCAGGAACAGCUGCCCCUUCGUGACAAGGACAAGCCGGACAGCUGCAGCCGUGACUCUGUCAUCACCCUCAGUGAUUGUGACCCUGAUCCCGACCCCGAGACCGACCUCCUACUGCAGCUCCCCCCGCUGGCCAGACCCAGGAGGUUCAGCCCUGCAGUUCGACAGCUCCGCACCCGCCAGGCCAACGGCCCGUCACAGGGUCCCAGGAGGCUGAGGAGGAGUUCAGAGCCCGCCUUGACCCUGGCAAGCACACCACCCUCGGGCACAGUGACGGUUCACGCCGAUAACCACUGCCUACCAGUAAGGAAGGCGAGCUAUGAUGCUGCCAUGGAAGGGGAGGGGGAGGAGGACAAGGUCUUUCUGGAGCAGGGGCUGAGUGCGCUGCAGCUGAAGGAAGAGGAAGAGGAUGGAUGUGAGAAGGGAGGAGCCAAAGUCCAGAAUGGUGGACGGAGGAAGAUGAAGCAUGCCCCUCCGUCCCCGUUGCGACUGGAUGCCAGCUGUUCCAGUCUGUCGUCACCAGCAACCUCACCCACAGGCUCCUCCCUCAGCUCUUUAGACUCUGCCUUCUCACAGUACUCUACUGACUAUGCCACCAAUGGGGCGAUUCCAUUGGCUGAGCCUGCUCCUCUUUCCCCUCUCUUUCCUGGAAGGCCCCUGCUGUCAUCCAAGGGCUCCCCUCCUCAGAGGGAAGUCCCACCUCACUGGCCACAGCCCAACCAGCCCCUCGGACCUGCCAAACCCCCCCACCCUCAUGGUCUCCACCCUAACAUGUGGCUCAAGAAGGACCGCUGCCUUUCACUAAGGCAGCCUGAUAAUGGACACACAGAGGACUUGCCUAUGGAAAGCGGGAAAACCCACCCAAUCGGUAAUGGCUACUCCGUCAGUGCCCAGGAGGCCGUGGUGACGAACCGAAACUGCCAACGGAGAUCCAGCAGCCCUCCGUCCUAUCACCAGGCUCUGCUGCAGCUGCAGCGCAGCCGCUCUCCUUUCUACAGGGGGACAGAGAAACCUCUGACGGUCAGAGAGUUGAGGCAGCUCCACGACCAGACCUCUACCUACAGACCUCAAGUCUCCCCUAACAACCCCAAACCACACACAGGAAGUGAGGUCACACAGAGGCUGGCUAGAAAUGAGUGCGUGCAGCCCCCACAGGGUGUUUUCUAUGGACAGAGCGCCACCACUCUGGUCCUCCAGAGGCAAAAGUCCCACUCGCUAACUCCAGCCAUGGAGGGACCCAAAGAGAGGAGGACCCUUCCCCAUCCCCGCCGAGCAUCUGACCCCGCCAAGGUCACUGCAAACUCUAACUCCUCCUUCAGCCUCACCCGGGACAGACCUUGCACUUCUAAAGGUCAGUCCCAAGAUGGCGGCCUGAGAGUGUCAGAGGUGGAGCCCAACCAUGCCGAGCCACGCUUCUGCCUGUCUCCCUCUGCUACCCGGGCUGUAAGGGACUACUUUUCCUCUCAGGAUCAGGAGGAUGCAGAUGCUUGCCUGCGAAGGAGUCAGGAGGUGGCACUGGCUAUUGUGCAUGGGAAGAGGGAAUGGCAGAGCAGGCGGUGCAGUGACCCACGAGUGGAUGACUUUGACCAGCUUUUUUUUGCAGAAGAGUCAUACGUGUAAAUAAGAACUUUGUACAGACAAACUGUGUAUGAGAGACUGGUUAUAUCUGAUAUGUUCACUUGUAUACAACUGUCUUUGUUGUUGACGUGAUAAUGCUCCUCCAUAAACUCCUUUUUCCUUCUGGCAGCAGUAGUCAUCCCAAUAAAAAACGUUUUGCAGUUUACUGUAAUGGCACAGCCAAGGUUUUAAGUUUGUAAAAGGUACAGAUGCACUUCCUGGUUCCGCAUUUCACCUCCUUGUGGUAGUAAAAUGUUAAAAUGAAUUUUGAUUCCUUGCCCACCAGGAAAUUGAUGUCUGGCAAACAGUAAACUGAUAUAUUUGAAGUUGUUGGUUAUAAUCCACAAUAUUUUACAAAAGCGCGCUGACAGUGAUGUUGCUUUGUAGCACUGCAGUUGGGAUCCUCAAAAAAUUAUUUAUUAAGUAGUGAUGCCUGAUUCCGUGAACUCAUUAUAGAGAGGAAACAGUUGGUUUAAUUGGACAUCUGGAUCCCUAAACAAUCAUUAAAGCUGCUGUCAAAACAGGUCAGCGUUACAGCUCUUGUGCCAAAAUCUGGUUCCUCUGAGAAAUAUUUUUCUCUGGCAGUGUGUCCUUGUUUUGCCUUUGGAAUGUGUCAUUGCUUUUUCAGCACAUGAAGAAAAAAUGAAGGAAGAUGAGUUCUUCAGAAAUGAAAAGGAAAGGACAAAGAAGCCUUUUUUUCAUUCUCUGGAAGCUUGUAAAAUGAAAAUAUAUUUUUACCACUUCCAAAGCCAGCUGAAAAUCUAUAAAGACUGGUGGGAAAUCAAGGCCAUGUCACAUUUUUGUAGUCUGUUUUUAACAGCAAAACAUAUAUAAUUUCUUAUUAAAGAUGUGACUAAAUCUGCAUGAAAAUUGAGAAUUUACUGUAUCUCAUCAUACUCAUCUCAGUUUUCUUGUACCAAGGUCACACAUUUUUUAGGGGAUACAAAUGUUGGCACAACAAAAGUUUGUUAAUCCUGUUCUCUGUAGCAGUAAUGACAACAAUAUGGUCAUGAUGACUGCUAUGACUUCUUAUUGUUCCAAUGCUGUCGCCACUGCAGUGCUGAUUUCUUAGGUGACACUUGACCAUGAAUGACCUUAUUUCACUGUGCAUUCAUUUACUGAAAAAUAAAACAAAACUUAUAGAUAAUAUAUUCUUAGCACAAUGUAAGAGCGGUUUUCACGAGUAUUAACACAGUGUUAUUAUGAACUUAACAUAGCUUUUCAGCAGGAAUUCACACACUGGAAUAAGGCCAUUGUCAUGUUAAGUGUUUCCAUUUUAAAUGGUCUCAAAAAGUACUUUAUCCUAUAUUAUUAAUAUUAUAAUUAUUAUCUCCAUUACAGUGAAUUGUGUUCAACGUGUAUAGUUCUGCAUAUUUAUGAUACAUAAGUAUAUUAUUAUAUAUAAAUAUAUUAUCUUGUUACUUUGGUAUGUUGUGUUGUGUGAGAAAAUCAAAUGUGUAUUUUUGUACAUGCCAAUUCUGCUGCUGCUGUCUCUUAAGAAAGUAUAUUUGCUACAAAACGCACCAUUUGUAUAUUGUGUACAUCUGAUGUCCAAUGCUCACGAGAACAAAAUAUCAUUGAUUUUAAUAAAUGUUGCUCUUGUUAAACUA